ACUCCAUCACAUUAAACCAGAGUUUUAGAUGACCGAAAAGAUGGACCCUCGGCCUUAAACACACGAGUCCAAAGAUUAAAGCCAUUAGCGAUUGAGACCCAAAUUUCUCCAAUCACAGUCCCCUCCGCUCCGCAAAUUCUUCUCCAUAUUAUAUUUUACUGCUACACCCAAACCAUGACUCUCCUUUUGCUGCAAUCUUCACCUCCAUUCCUCAAGAUUUUUGUCCUUGUUUUACUAGCCGUCGCGUCGGCGGCGGCGGCGGCCCAUUCGAAAUGCGAAUUCAAAGCCAUCUUCAACUUCGGAGACUCCAAUUCCGACACCGGCGGGUUCUGGGCGGUGUUUCCGGCGCAGCAUGGACCUAACGGCAUGACCUUCUUCAAGAAACCCACCGGCCGCGCCACCGACGGAAGGCUUAUUCUCGAUUUCUUAGCUAAGUCACUUGGACUUCCAUUUAUAAGCCCAUAUCUGAAAUCAAUAGGUUCAGAUUUCAAACAUGGAGCAAACUUCGCAACAUUAGCUUCAACAGUGUUGUUGCCAAACACUUCCUUAUUUGUCACUGGAAUUAGCCCCUUUUCUUUGGCCAUUCAGCUCAAUCAAAUGAAGGAAUUCAAGUUUAGAGUCGAUGAAUACCAUUCUUCUUCUUCUCAUCCAAAAGGAUGGACUCAACUUCCUCCACCCAACAUCUUUGGAAAAGCUUUGUAUACAUUUUACAUUGGUCAAAAUGAUUUCACCUCCAACUUAAAAGCUAUUGGAAUAGAAGGGGUUAAGCAGUAUCUUCCUCAAGUUGUUUCCCAAAUUGUUGAUACCAUCAAGGAGGUAUACAAGUUGGGAGGAAGAACAUUUGUAGUGAUGAAUAUGGCUCCGGUGGGGUGUUACCCUGCCCUUUUGGUUGAGCUUCCACACAGAAGCUCAGACAUCGACCAAUAUGGCUGCUUUAUUUCUUACAACAAAGCUGUAUCAGACUACAAUGUGAUGCUUAAGAAAGAGCUGGAACAAGCAAGAAGGGCUCUCCCUAAAGCUUCACUCCUUUAUUUCGAUACUCACUCUGUUUUGCUCCAACUCUUCCAACAUCCCAACUCUCAUGCAGGUCUUAAAUAUGGUACCAAAGCUUGUUGUGGCCAUGGUGGAGGUCCCUAUAAUUUUGACCCAACACUUUUCUGUGGAAAUAGUAAGAACAUAAACAACAAAAUCUUAACAGCAACAGCUUGCUCUGAUCCAUAUAACUAUGUAAGUUGGGAUGGAAUUCAUGCCACUGAAGCUGCAAACAAACUUGUUACUUUAGCAAUUCUCAAUGGUUCUUAUUCUCACCCUCCCUUUUCCUUUCAAAAUCUCUGUGAUCUCCGACCUUUAGAUUGAUCAAAUCGAUAAAACUGUUCAAUGUGAACAAAGACUUCCCUGUUCUUGUUGAUCUCGGAAUAAGAUUAACUAUAUUAUAUAAAUUGCCUCUGAAGCGUAACGUUGGUUUCAA